GGUUGAACGUUAGGGCUCAGGACUGUUUAAAAGCAUCCUCCAGAGCUAUGGCCAGUUUACAUCUGAAGAAAAAUCCAAACACUACCAUCUUUCUCUCCACUGGAUUUACAAUGACUUUUCUGUUCAGUAACUGAAUGCAAAUUGUGCAGACAAGACUUGAUUUUACCAAUUGUUGAGUAAACAAGGAACAAAUGUGUGGCUGCCUUUUUUGGACGUACAUUGUUUUUGAGUGAUUACUGCAGUUCGAGUGGAGACAAGGAUGGCUGCUAAGCGGAACCCUCUGGGAACCCCUGGACCAGAGCAGAUUCUCCCCUCCGACCCCGCCCAGAGAAGAACUACAACAACUACAGGUGCAACUAACGAUGACUUCUUCCACGCCCUGGCCAGCGCCCAGGGUCAGCGCCUGGACGACCAGCGAGUUACGCUUGCCACGCUGCCCGGCUUCAUCCGCCAGACACCUGCCUCAAAUAAUCAGAGGUGCUCAACACCACACAUCAUUCUGACCGAGAGCACUCCAGACACCGCCAGGAGAGAGCUGUCUGCAUCAGGCGACCCUGUACAGAGUAACACACCUCAACACUGUCCCGCCAAGGUGGCCACUGAUGCGGAUCAGGAUACAAGCAGGACUGGGAUGAGCCAAGGUCAGCGGGGAGGCGUUGAUCCCAGUAAGAGCCCAUCUCCACGAGCCAAACAAGCAGAGGGAAAGCCAAGCACAACUAUUCCACCAACAGGGCCUGAUUCAGACAAGUUGUUCAACCUACUGGCUAAUACUCAGGCCCAACGGCUGGACGACCAGCGGGCAACUCUUCCUUCACUACCCGCGACAGAGGAUGAAAAGCCCACAACGUCUGGAGCCGCAGGCGAAUCAAGUUACCUAUGCUACAUGGUCUCCAAAGUGCAAGGUUCCAGGAUGGAAGAGCAGAGAUGCUCCCUACCCCAGAUUCAGACCCUGGAUACAGCAGCACCAACUCGGUCAGCCUCCUUCAGCCCUGGCUCAGACCUGGAGAGAGCCAAGACCAAGGACCCAGAGAGUCAGGAGCCCAUGGUGGAGGUGGACCAGGACAAGUUCCUCCGCAUGAUGAGCCAUGCCUCACAUGGGAGGAUGGAGGAGCAGCGCUGUGUGUUGAACCCCAGCAAGAGCGCCAAUUCUACCCCCAGACACACCGGAACCAAGGCCCCCAAAAGCACUGUACCCACAGGGCCUGAUUCCGAAAGGUUUUUCAGUCUCUUGUCCAACACUCAAGGCAGAAGACUGGACGACCAGCGAGUGACUCUUCCGUCGCUACCCGGGAUACGAAACGGAGGAACCACGUCGUCCGCUGAAGCAACUGGUUCCAGCCAAAUGUUGUACAUGGUCUCCAAAGUCCAGGGUUCCAGGAUGGACGAACAGAGAUGUUCUGCGCCAAACAUCUUCCAAAAUACAGGCAACCGAUCUGGCCAGCAGAGUUCUCUCGGCUCCAAUCUGACUGACAGCAAAGAUAAACCUCCCAAGAGGUCUGCCUCUUUUAGCCCUAUCCCAGAUGCCAAACAGACAACAGCUGAUCAAGACAGCUUCUUUGCCAUGAUGAAUCAUGUCCAUCGUGAACGCAUGGACGACCAGCGAUGUUCUCUGACACCUAGCAGUAGCACACAAAAUGUGACAAGAGACCGCCCGGCAAGUCCUGCCCUCAAAGAUACAAGCCCAGAUGCCCAACAGGCAACAGCUGAGCAAGACAGCUUCUUUGCCUUGAUGAAUCAUGUCCAUCGUGAACGCAUAGAUGACCAGCGAUGUACUUUGACGCCGAGCAGUAGCACACAGAAUUUGUCCAGAGACCGCCCGGCAAGUCCUGUCCUCAAAGUUACAGGCCCAGAUGCCAAAAAGGCAACAGCUGAGCAAGAAAGCUUCUUUGCCAUGAUGAAUCAUGUCCAUCGUGAACGCCUGGACGACCAGCGAUGUUCUUUGACGCCUAGCAGUAGCACACAGAAUUUGGCCAGAGACCACCCGGCAAGUCCUGCCCUUCAACAGAAAGGUUCUGCGCCAAACGUCGUCCAAAAUAAAAGCAACCCAUCUGGCCAGCAGAGUUCUCUUGGCUCCAAUCUGACUGACUGCAAAGAUAGACCUCGCGAGAGGUCGGCCUCUUGUACCCCUAUCCCAGAUGCCAAACAGACAUCAGCUGACCAAGACAGCUUCUUUGCCAUGAUGAAUCAUGUCCAUCGCGAACGCAUGGACGACCAGCGAUGUUCUUUGACGCCUAGCAGUAGCACACAGAAUUUGGCCAGAGACCGCCCUGCAAGUCCUGCUCUCAAAGGUACAGGCCCAGAUGCCCAACAGGCAACAGCUGAGCAAGACAGCUUUUUUGCCAUGAUGAAUCAUGUCCAUCGUGAACGUAUGGACGGCCAGCGAUGUUCUUUGACGCCUAGCAGUAACACACAAAAUUUGGCCGGAGACCGCCCGGCAAGUCCUGCCCUUCAACAGAAAGGUUCUGCGCCAAACGUCGUCCAAAAUAAAAGCAACCCAUCUGGCCAGCAGAGUUCUCUUGGCUCCAAUCUGACUGACUGCAAAGAUAGACCUCGCGAGAGGUCGGCCUCUUGUACCCCUAUCCCAGAUGCCCAACAGACAUCAGCUGACCAAGACAGCUUCUUUGCCAUGAUGAAUCAUGUCCAUCGCGAACGCAUGGACGACCAGCGAUGUUCUUUGACGCCUAGCAGUAGCACACAGAAUUUGGCCAGAGACCGCCCUGCAAGUCCUGCUCUCAAAGGUACAGGCCCAGAUACCCAACAGACACCAGCUGAGCAAGACAGCUUCUUUGCCAUGAUGAAUCAUGUCCAUCGUGAACGCAUGGACGACCAGCGAUGUUCUUUGACGCCUAGCAGUAGCACACAGAAUUUGGCCAGAGACUGCCCGGCAAGUCCUGUCCUCAAAGGUACAGGCCCAGAUGCCCAACAGGCAACAGCUGAGCAAGACAGCUUCUUUGCCAUGAUGAAUCAUGUCCAUCGUGAACGUAUGGACGACCAGCGAUGUUCUUUGACGCCUAGCAGUAGCACACAAAAUUUGGCCGGAGACCGCCCGGCAAGUCCUGCCCUUCAACAGAAAGGUUCUGCGCCAAACGUCGUCCAAAAUAAAAGCAACCCAUCUGGCCAGCAGAGUUCUCUUGGCUCCAAUCGGACUGACUGCAAAGAUAGACCUCGCGAGAGGUCGGCCUCUUGUACCCCUAUCCCAGAUGCCCAACAGACAUCAGCUGACCAAGACAGCUUCUUUGCCAUGAUGAAUCAUGUCCAUCGCGAACGCAUGGACGACCAGCGAUGUUCUUUGACGCCUAGCAGUAGCACACAAAAUUUGGCCAGAGACCGCCCUGCAAGUCCUGCUCUCAAAGGUACAGGCCCAGAUACCCAACAGGCAACAGCUGAGCAAGACAGCUUCUUUGCCAUGAUGAAUCAUGUCCAUCGUGAACGCAUGGAUGACCAGCGAUGUACUUUAACGCCUAGCAGUAGCACACAAAAUUUGACAAAAGACUGCCCCGCAAGUCCUGCCCUCACAGAUACAGACACAGACAUGCUCUUUAAAAGCCUUGCCCGCAGUCAAGGCCGGAGGCUGGACGAUCAGCGCAUUACGCUUCCCUCCUUGCCAGGGAUCGGCGGAUCGUCAAAGCCGAAAGGCAGUGGCACGGCAAGAGCUGAAGGCCAGGGUCCUCCACCCCAAAUUCUUCUGAGUGAGGGGACACCGGUGACAUUACGUAAGGCCCUUUCCAGGCCUGCUUCUCCAUCCAGACGAACUGAGUCAUGUUAUGACCUAUCUGCCUCUUUCAGCCCAGGCUCAGAAUGUCAGAAGAUAAAAUCGCCGGGAAAAGUUACAGUUACAGUAUCCAUGAGCUUCACACAACAACCGGGCAACGAGAACAGCGACCUACCGUGUGAGUUCCCGGAGGUCUUCCUCACUCUCGGAGCCCCAGGAGAUAAGAUCGUUGUACCCUUGAGCCCACGUCCGGGCAGACCCCUUUCCCUCAACCUCAACUUGGUCCCAAAGGAGACCAGUGAGCCCAGACUCGCCCCCCCAAACCAUGCAAGCCGCUCAAGACCAUCUUCCCCUCACCCAGGGGUCUCCCAUAAGCACCAACCUCAGGCCACCGGCUCUCAUCAGAAUGAACAGAGGAAGCCAAUCAACACCAUCAGCCCAGAUGAUGACUAUUUCUCCCUCAUUGAGAGGGUCCACGCCGCCCAUCUACAGAUUGGGCUAGGACAGGGAGGGGUUAAAGGAAAAGGGGAAGCCGCUCAGGGGAAAAGGAAGGUGGAGCAAGGAAAAGGCAGUGAUAAAGGAAACGGGAGAAAAGAUAAGAAGGAUUGUGGCAGGAAGAGGUGAUUCACUUUCAAUGGCCAGUCUAUGGCCAGUAAAUGGAAGGUCAACAGCGGAGAAAGGCUCUUGUAGUUUUUUUGGCUUUCGAAUUGUCCUUUAUCUGUAAUUGUUGUAAUUUGUAAUUGAAGUAGUUGUGUUAAGUAUGCAAACAAAGACUGAUUUUUUUCCAUGCUUAGAAAUGUAUUUUGUGAUUUUGCUCAUUGUGUAAGAUUUGAUAUUUUUGUCUUCUAUAAAUUGUAUAAACUGAACUUAAACCCUAUUACCAAUAUAAAGAAACAAAAAUAAAUAGAUAAUGCAUCUGC